CUUAGUGGGGGUGCUUUGCACGUGAUCAUUAAAUUAUGUUCUUUUGUUUACUAUAAACAUGAAAAAAAACUAAUCAUCUGGGGAGACUAACUGAAUUAUUUUACUUUUGAGCCUUCGAAUUGAAUAAUUAGAUGCAUACGCGCGGCACGUGAAAUAACUCCUUAUUUCCGGGGCUGUUCAGUAGUCCAUCUUUUUAAAUAUUUCUUCAUAGCAGCAGUGUAGACUCUUUUUCCUCUCCUCCUUGAAGUUUGAGGAACCGAUGCAUCGGAAUCCAAUCUCGGUCAACAUUGCCUCCCGCAGUUAACCUACCACAGAAGAAAGUAGGAGCCUCCUCAGCAACAAGCCAAGAAGAAGGCUAUAGAAGGAAGAGAGAGAGAGGAGGAGAGCGUCAAUAACAUGGCAAACAGAUCCCAGGUGGUUGCAAUCGCACCACCCACUUGGGCGUCUUCAGUGACCGGCAGCUUCCACUCCCUGGUGGCUCUGCUCGUCGCCGUCCUUGUCAUCUCCACCGUAUGCCUCUCGCGCGACCGGCCUGGACUCGGGAGCCCGACACCGACGGUACCGACCCGUCAAUGCGACUUGUUCUCCGGGCGGUGGGUGUACGACGACGUGUCGUACCCACUGUACAAGGAGAAGCAAUGCUCGUACAUGUCGGAGGAGAUCGCAUGCGAGGCUCACGGGAGGAAGGACCUGAAGUACCAGAAAUGGAGGUGGCAACCCCAUGGCUGUGACCUUCCCAGAUUCGAUGCGACAGCAUUGUUGGAGAAGCUGAGGAACAAGAGGUUGGUGUAUGUGGGUGACUCUUUGAAUCGUGGCCAAUGGCACUCCUUGGUUUGUAUGGUCGAGCCCGCGAUCCCUCCCAGCCUCAAGUCCAUGUCGGACCACAACGCCUCAUUACGCAUCUUCAGGGCUCAUGAAUAUAAUGCGACGAUUGAGUUCUACUGGGCGCCAUUGCUAGUUGAGUCAAACGGCGAUGAUCCUAAGAACCACUCGAUUUAUCAUCGGAUCGUCCGAGUUCAAGCCAUCGAAAAUCAUGCCAAGCAUUGGCACGAUGCAGAUUUCCUCAUUUUCAACACCUACCUCUGGUGGAGGCUACCCGAAAUGGAACUUCUGUGGGGAUCGUUUGGAAGUCCCAAUGCAAUGCACAAAGUGGUGAAAAUGCCUCUUGCAUAUGAGAUGGCUCUCAAUACCUGGUCAGAUUGGUUGGAGACGCAUGUCAAUAGAUCAAAGACCCUAUUAUUCUUCGUUAGCAUGUCCCCGUCUCACGAAAACGCAAGGGACUGGGGUGGGAUUCCUGGCGGAAGCUGUUACAGUGAAACCGAACCAAUUAUGCGAAAAGGAUAUUGGGGAACCGGAUCAGUUCUUGCGAUGAUGCGUGUGGUAGAAAGAGUGAUCAAGAAACUCGAAACACGAGGCGUCACAAUUCACCUCCUCAAUAUUACGCAGCUCUCAGAGUAUCGCAAGGAAGCACACCCCACCAUCCAUAGAAAAUAUUGGCAUCCCCUAACUAAAGAGCAGCUUGCAAAUCCGAUUAGCUAUGCGGAUUGCUUCCACUGGUGCCUCCCUGGACUACCAGAUGUGUGGAACGAACUUCUCUACACUUAUAUUUUCCAUUAUUUAGACACCUAUGUUUAGAUAUUGAGUUGGAAGUGCAAAGAGGCAAUUGCAAAAUACUAGUUGUGCGAUUGGGUAUACUUUUUUCCUUUUG